AUGAUCUUGGAUUCUCAUCGCCGCAGGACUAACCCAUUCUCGCAGUAUGGAGCUUAUCACCAUAAUCCGGUGAACAUCGCAAUCCACAUCGUCUGUGUGCCGAUAUUACUGUUCACAGGUAUUAUCCUGGCCUGCUGCGCAUGGCACCCACUUUUUACAGUUCCUGAUGCUCUGAGUGUCGAGUAUCUUCCCGCGAAUUUCGGCACGAUCGGCGCAUUCAUCUACACGUUCGUCUACAUCCUCUUAGAGCCGGUCGCCGGUUUCUCGUUUUCGCCCCUAGUGGUCGGCUCGGCAGUAUGCGGCAACUAUCUCCACGAACAAUACGGGACAACCGUGGCCUACUAUGCCGGAAUCCUCCAUGUUAUUUCGUGGAUCGCGCAGUUUGUGGGACAUGGACAUUUCGAGGGGCGAGCUCCGGCGUUACUGGAUAAUCUGGUUCAGGCGUUGUUGCUGGCACCGUUGUUUGUAUGGAUGAAGAUUUUGUUCUUCUUUGGAUAUCGACCAGAAUUGAAGCAGCGCAUGGAUGAGAAAGUGGAGAUUGAAGUCAAGAAGUUUCGCAGCGAACGGGAGCUGAAGAAGAAGGGGAAAACCGCGGACUGA